AUGUGUAAUAGCAAGAUCUCCAAGUUAGAAGAAGAGCAACAUAAUAUGAAGCUCAAAAUGACUGAAAUGAUGAAUCUACUUAAAGAACACUUGGUUGGUGGUAAAGUGACACCAAGCGAAGGACAGUCUCGCAAUGUACCGCAGUCAAACAAUAUUCAGUCCCCUAAGAGUAUUGCACUAGAAAAAAGACAUAACUUUACAGAAGGGAAGAAUGCUUGCUACUUGCUUGACUGGGCAGAUGCAAUUGUUGCUGAAGGUCGUUGGGAUUCUAGUGAUCCAAAUAUAACUGUACAUGGAAAGCCUCUUGGACCAGACUUUAUGCGAGUAUGGGUUGAUGUUGCUAUUGUACCAGAGUCUUACUUAUUUCGUCCUAAUCAUGCGAUGCUUACAAUACAAGAAGCAGUUGGUUCCACAGUUGUUCUCAUGUAG